AUCACACAGGAAGCUGCUGAAUGUGAAGCUGUGUGCAGAGAGCUCCGGGCUCAGCCAGCAUGGCCGGGGGCCCCUGUGUGACACAGCUCAGGGGCCACUGAGGAGGAGGAUGGAGGAGGCGGCCCAGGAUGGAGGUCCUACAGAUGUGGGAGCCAUGGAGACGCCCCGUGCCCCAGACCCCCCACAGAACGGCCCGCUAUCAUUCUCUGGUAUCAGCAUCUUGGAUCGUCUCAUCAAAACCUGCCCGGUGUGGCUGCAGCUGUGCAUGGGAGCGCCGCAGGUGGUGGAGAUACUCUGCAGAGAGGCUUCUGGGGUCUUCUUGGUGACGCGGGACGUGGAGGUGAAGUGUAUGGUCCUCUGGGUCCGUUCUACGGAGUCCGCGGGCGCCGCCGCCGUUCUCCGCUACAACAUUCGGGAGGAGAAAACAAUGAUGUAUCUGGAGGGCUCCAUGCUGGUGUUUAAAGACAUAUUUAAGCUGGUGGCAUUCUACUGUAUCAGCAGAGAUAUUUUACCGUCCGUCCUGAAGCUGCCGCCUGCGAUAUCCGGCGCCCAGAGCCUGCAGGACCUGGAAGAGAUCUCCAACCUCGGCACGGGAUUUUGGGACAAACAUAACAUCCUCUCAGGCUCCUCCCAGUCGGGGAAAUCCCCGGCUCCCGAAAAUCUCCGUAGUGACCAUGUGCGACACGGUUCUGGAGAACUCGGUGACUGUGCGUGUGAAAUAGAGAUUUCUGCCGGAGUCGACCGGUUGUGGUUUGUGACUCCGAUAUUUAUAGAAGAUUGUAGCAACGCUGACUCUUCGGCUAAACUUCCUCUUACUAACUGUAUUGCGAAGGCCGAGACUCAGCUGCCCAAAAUGAUGCACCGGAGGCCUCCGCCCCCUCCCCCCACGUUACAUAAGCCUCCGCUGCCCUCUGUUCCUCCAUCUGCUCCUCCUCCCAGUUAUAUACGUCCACAGUCUGAGUCCUCUCCCUUAAGAUCUCCUGCACCGUCAAGACCAUCAACCUCCAAGAAAGAGGUCCCUGCUGAGCCUCCACCAUCUGAGACCCUCACUGAUCCUCCACCAUCUGAGACCCUCACUGAUCCUCCACCAUCUGAGACCCUCACUGAGCCUCCACCUUCUGAGACCCUCACUGAGCCUCCACCUUCUGAGACCCUCACUGAGCCGCCACCAUCUGAGACCCUCACUGAGCCUCCACCUUCUGAGACCCUCACUGAGCCGCCACCAUCUGAGACCCUCACUGAGCCGCCACCAUCUGAGACCCUCACUGAGCCUCCACCACCUGAAACAACUAUUAGUCCUUCUCUCUCUUCUCCUCCAUCAUCUGGGACACCCACUGAGCCCAAAUUGUGUGAGACCCCAUCUAAGCCUCCUCCAUUUGAGCAUCCUCAAUCUUUGGACCUCUGUUCCUCACCCAAGACGUCUUCACCCAACCUUGUGGAUCUACUUGAUCAUCCCAUCGGCGCUCCUCCACCUGUUCCUACCCCAGAUCUUUCACCGGAGCCCUAUUCUCCGACCUCAUCCGGCCUCCAAUCUUCUCCAUCUACCUCCCUCCCGUCAGACUGUCCUCCUCUCCUUACCUCCCACCACAACGACAAUGAAGACCCCCAUCCCGAAGCAUCUUCACUUCCAUCUCUCGAUGUAGACCUUCUUAAGGAACCUCUAAAGAACAUGAAAAUAAAUGCCUUCUGUAAUGACUCUCCUCAACAAGGACCCCAGACGGCAUCUCCGGUCCGGGCUCCUCCAGCAGUGCCGAGGAGGCGGCCGUCGGGUAAGGUUCCCGAGAGUAAGGUCAGUAUUGUUACAAUAAAGGAUGAGGCGGCAACAAGGAGUCCUGUGCCCAAAUCUGAGACCCCUACAAGUGACAAAACUGGGACGUUACCCAAGCAGCAUGGUGCAAUGGAGGAAAACAGGAAGAAGCCUCCUCCGGUGCCACCACCGAGAAAGAAGCAGCUUACCGGCAGGUCAUCAUCGGUUUCACCGGUUAAAGUGGGGCCUGAAAAAAUUACCAAAACGUCAGAAAGCCAAAGUAACUCCAGUGGUGGUAAAGCUGCAGACAGAAGAGUGUCGCGGCAGAAGAGGGUGUCUGCCCCGGCGCUGAAGUCCUCUGACCAGUCUCUGUCUUCUCAUGGAUCAGAUCCCACCAUGACCACCCCGGACGCAGACUCUUAUUCCACCAGCAGCGCAGAUGAAGAAUCCGAGCCGCCCUCGAAAGCCUCCAUCAAGAAGUCGCAUUCAUUCAUGCUGGACCGGGCCAAGAACCGCUUGUCCAUGGUGGCCAUCACCAACGUCUUCUCCGCCUUCAUGUCUGCAGAUCGGAAGCUGCAGAAGAAGAUCGCGGAGCUGGCCCACGACAAGGACUCCUACUUCGGCAACUUGGUCCAGGACUACAAAACCUAUAGCCUGGAGAUGAUGGCCAAGCAGAGCUCUAGCACAGAGAUGCUGCAGGAGAUCCGGCUCAUGAUGACCCAGCUGAAGAGUUACCUGGUGCAGAGCGCCGAGCUGAAGUCCAUGGUGGACUAUAGCCUCUACACCGACGACAAAAUCGACGCCAUCGUGGAGUCGGCAUUGUGUAAGUGCGUCCUGAAGCCCCUGAAAUCAGCCAUCGAAUGUUACCUGCGCGAGAUCCACAACAAGGACGGCACCCUGAGGCUGCUGACCGAGAACCAGCAGGUCAUCCAGGUGACCACCACCACUGACCUGGGGGUCACCACCAGCGUGCCGGACAGCGGCGUCAUGGAGAAGAUCCUGCACAAGUUCAGCACAAUGCAUAAGACCUACUCCCCAGAGAAGAAGAUCACCUACCUCCUGAAGGCCUGUAAACUCAUCUACGACUCCAUGGCGGCAGGAAACCCAGGGAAGCACCACGGAGCGGACGACUUCCCAGUUCUCAUGUACGUUCUGGCCCAGUGUGACCUUGUGGCCCUUCUCCUGGAUGUGGAAUACAUGAUGGAACUGAUGGACCCCGCUCUGCAGCUUGGAGAAGGCUCCUACUAUCUCACCACAACAUAUGGGGCUCUGGAACAUAUCAAGAAUUAUGAUAAAAUCACAGUCACCCGGCAGCUCAGCGUGGAGGUCCAGGACUCCAUCCACCGCUGGGAGAGGAGGCGCACGCUCAACAAGGCCAAGGUCUCCCGCUCCUCUAUACAGGACUUUAUCACCAUCUCAUUCGAGGAGCUGGACUCCAACACCAGGACCUUGGCCACGAAAGCCGACAUGAACGUAGCGGAGGUGGUGCGCCAUUGCGCCGAGAAGUUCGAGGUGUCUGAGGCGACCGACUACGGACUCUUUGUGACGGUGAACGAGCGGUGCGUCCGCCUGACAGAGGACGCCUUCCCGCAGCAGGUGAAGUCCCGGCUGCUGAAGAACGAGCAGAAGCUGGACUUCCACUUCCUGUACAAAAGGACCAGCGCGCAGGACACUGUGAUGAGCGAGCUGCACUUCCUCUAGCUACGGCAAUGUGAUAAGACGGACACCAUGUUUGUUUCAGACAGGAGGGUAGGGCUGGGGAGGGGUGGUUGGCUGGACCGAUCUUGACUGCCUCCUGUUGGAUGAUUUUUGGGCACAGUCAGACUAAUGGAUACAGAGGAGCUUGGUGCACACGCUGGAGAAUGCAAAUUGUCUUCAGGAGGGGGGUGUCGCCACAGUUUGUGCAGAAUUCGACAAAUUGUCUUCAUGAGGGGGGUCGCCGCAGUUUGUGCAGAAUUCCACAAAUUGUCUUCAUGAGGGGGGUCGCCGCAGUUUGUGCAGAAUUCCACAAAUUGUCUUCAUGAGGGGGGUCGCCGCAGUUUGUGCAGAAUUCGACAAAUUGUCUUCAGGAGGGGGGGUCACCGCAGUUUGUGCGGAAUUCCACAAAUUGUCUUCAUGCGAGGGGGGUCGCCGCAGUUUGUGCGGAAUUCCACAAAUUGUCUUCAUGCGAGGGGGGUCGCCGCAGUUUGUGCGGAAUUACAGAAACUUUUUCAUAUUUUACAUUCAAUUAAUUAUUUUAUACAGUGAAAGUAAAAAAGAAAAAAAAACUAACAAAAGUGAAGCCCAACCUGUGAAUUGCUGAGCGGAAAAAUUAUCUCUUGAAUAACAAUCCCCUUUACAUGAAAUGACCAGAAUUUUUUCAGAAUCUUAUUUGAACAGUGUUUCCCAACCAGGGUGCCUCCAGCUGCUGCAAAACUACAACUCCCAGCAUG